AUGACAGCCGCGCUGGACACCUUCGGCGCAAGCAUCGGCCUCUCUCCGCGAGAGAUACAAACUCUGGCCUCGGCUCACCAGCCGCCGAAACGUGAUUCUGGCAACUCAUCACAAUCAAUCAGCCAGGCUUGCGCGGCUGCUCAACUUGCAAUCGGGGAGGCCAACGUCGAUACUGCUCCAGUAAACGAGACGCUCGCGGCGGAGAAUUGGUCUCAGGCUUGCGUGUUUCAGCCUUACUGCAUCGUCCAGCCUGCCACCACAGACGAUGUGUCAAAGGUCCUGAAGAUCAUCAAAUACUAUGGGAUUCAGUUUUCCGUUCGAAGUGGCGGCCACUCGCCAAAUCCGGGCUGGUCAAACACGCAGAAUGGAUUCCUCGUCGAUCUGCAGAAGCUGAACCAAAUCGCCCUUUCUACUGAUGGAGCCGUCGCCAGCGUGGGCCCUGGAGCUCGCUGGGGCGACGUGAUUGCGUAUCUGGACCAGCACGAAGCGGCCGUGGUCGGAGGCCGGAUUCCCGCUGUAGGAGUCGGCGGGCUGAUGUUGGGAGGUGGCUUAUGGCAUUUCUCGGGCGCCUUCGGCACGGCUGCUGACAACGUCAAGACCUUCGAGGUUGUUCUGGCAGAUGGUACGAUAACCCACGCCAGCCAGACCGAGAACUCGGAUCUGUUCUGGGCUCUCAAAGGAGGUGGUCCCAACUUCGGAGUUGUGACUCGGUACGAUCUGAACACGGUGCCUGCACGAAACAUUUGGUACCAGGUUGCAGUUUACAGUGUCGACCAGGCACCCGCCAUUCUUGACGCAUUUGCAGAGUGGCAAACCAGUGGUGCCGCCGAUGUGAAAUCCACUGUUGCUAUGAUCUUCAAUCUCGAUAGUAUCCUUCUUGGCUUCUUAUAUGCUGAGCCUUCAGACCAGCAGCCAGAGGCGUUCACUUCUUUCGACUCGUUGCCAGAGCCGCUGAUGUAUGCUCUGCCCGCCACCAACGGUACCGUCGCCAGCUUGACAGAUUUUCUGGGCAGCGCAUUCACCGCCGAGCCUCUGAGGCACGACUACCGUGCUUGCAGCACUCGCGUCGAUGCAGGACUGUACAAAGACACCUACAGCUUCUGGCGGGAGCGAGCCCUUCAAGUUCGCGAGACCACUGGAGCCAACCAGACGUUCACGAUUCAGCCGAUCUCGAAGAACUUUGCUCAGCAGGGUCUCGAGAAGGGCGGAAACCCAAUGGGUAUACCCCUUGAGGAUCACCAGUGGUGGACGACUCUUGUCGAUUGGGAAAAUGCAGAGGACGAUGAAUUGGUAAGAUCGGUCUCGAUUGACACCACUGCCGAAAUGCAGAAGCUCGCCAGUGAACGUGGCUUGGACCUCCCUUUCAGGUUCAUGAACGAUGCGUCCAGAGAUCAGAACCCGCUCGCGUCUUAUGGGGAGGAGAACGUUGCAAAGCUGAAGACGAUUGCACAAAAGUAUGAUGCAGAUCAGCUGUUCCAGAGACAGACAGACGGAUUCUUAUUAUCAAAGGUGUGCUGA